AUGUCGAUUAAUUUUGUGAUUAUUGUACUAGCAACUGCUUCGUUGACCAAUGGUAUUCAAUAUGAUGGUCUCCGAGUAAAAUUCGGUUGGUCAGACGCACUGGCCGACAAGGAAUACUUCUUCAGCAUCCCGCGUACGGUUAGUGAUGCCGUGAGCAAGGGUUGGCGGCGGACGGAACGACCUCCCGGACCACUGCCCGAACUCAGGAUGUACUGUUCGGUCGGACGAAACGUGUGCCCGCUAUAUGACACCGCUGGCUUCAUAGCUGGUCUACAAGUUGCUAUACCGGUUGAAGGAUUCGAAUAUCCGCCAUUCGUAAAUCCAGAAAAGAAACUGGUGAAGUGGACCGCACCAUCAACCGAUGGAGAACUAGCCAAGGACUUUUGGACCGCUACACAAUUCUACGUUUCCGAAGAAUCACUAAAAUCUGGGGCUGGACCAACGAUAGAAAAUGGGGCGACUUUACAAGAUGGUGGUGUAUGGGUGCCUGGGCCGGACGGUCGGCUCAUAAGGAUCGCAAGUACUGAGGCCGAAUUGAACACGACGUCCUGGAAAAAACAGAACUGUAUCCCCAACAUGGGCACUCAUUACCACUACAACAUGACACCGGACCUAAAGUGCGAGGACUUGCUACCAUGGUUCUCUUUAACAACGGAUACGGAUCUGGUCGGCACCGGUCUUCAGGUGAUAGGAAAGACCCCAGAACAGGAGCCGCAAGCGUGGUUCGAAUACGUUCCCAAGGACAGCGCUCGGAUGACGAUUCCGCUGGCACCGGAAUGCCUUUAUGAGAGUGUAGACAAGUAUGGUGUGAUUUCUUUACACAUCUAUUAUAUCGACAAUCCCUGGACCAUCAGAUGCAAAGAUGGUGACUCCAUCAGGAAACCAGGUGUGGUUGACAGGCUCAAGCUGAACGGUGUCAAAUACGCAAGCAAAAUCACUGACGGGCUGAAGAACAUAUUCGGUUGA